AUGAGCUCCACAAACAGACAGAGCUCACAGCUAUUAACGCCUUCGAUUCCGCGACCUCCACCAUCCCUCCCAAAGAACUCAAACUCAUCAGUACCCACCCUCACACGCAACGUUGACCCUAGUCUAUCUACCGGAGUACUUAGGGAACGACCGGGCGAGCAACCCUUGUUGCCUGCAGAAAAGGUCUACCCAAUCCAGAUUGGCACAGAACUGUUCCGGCUCUCCGGUGCAUCCAUCACUUCUGAUGCACCCUCUUACUUCACACAUUUUUUCGAAGACCAAGUCCGGCAGACUGAAGGAAAUCAGAGUAUCAAAACCUUGUACAUAGACCGGGACCCGACCGUUUUCCAUGACAUUGCUCGCCAUCUCCAGGGCUACUGCGUCCAACCUCUGGAUGGCACUCACUACGUCAGACUCUUUGCAGACGCUCAAUUCUACAGCUUACCGCGCCUAAUAUCUCAACUAUUCUCCUCCGAAAUCUUCAUCCAAAUCGGCGACCACAACUUCCAAGUCCCUCGCGACAUCUUCUCUUCCCCUGGCGACUCCCCCAACUUCUUCACCCUAGGCUUCGGCCUCUUCUUCGCCACCCGAGAGGAGACCUUCCCAGGCCUCGACCGCACAGGCCUGCUACGCCCUCCUCCCAUUGCUUCACCUUGCGUCCCCUCCCGCUCCGCCAACGUCUUUUCCCAACUCCUACAUCUCCUCCGGGGUUAUCCGCUACGGAUCGAGAACGAGGAUCAUCGUGCUGAACUGUUGAGGGAUUGUCGGUAUUUCCACCUUAGAGGGCUAGAGCAGAAAUUGAUCGCACAUGAGAUUACUUAUAAUCCCGAGCGACAGACUUUGGAGAUCUUACUGAGGCUGGACGAUGUGAAACCGAGCGGUAUCUCCUUCGUUCAGGACGAAAACAAGAACAUCCCUUCAAGUCUUUCUGUCAAUGUUACCACUGGCUGGGUCCACUACGCUCGCCCCUUUGUCGAUGAGACUCCUCUCGAAUUAAUUCUCGAGAUCGGCUCAGAUCAUACCAUCCUUAAUCUCGGACCCAAUGGCAAGAACCAAGCUAUGUUCCAUGGUCUGACCAAAGCAAGAGUCUCUGCUCUGCUGCAGGUUGUUGCUGGCAAAGUCGGGACGCCGCUAAGUAUAUCUGCGGAAACCAUGGUCAAGUUCAUCAUGGAUACGACCACAGACCUCACCUUAGAUGGGAAGCCAGCUGAUGCAGUGAGGGAAUCUAAAACUACGCAGAUAGCUGAGCGCAUAGGCACGGCCAUGUCUCCAGAGAGCAAGAAACGGAAGCUGGAUGAUGGUCUUGAGUCUGUGGUUCGGGAAUGGAAGGUCAGAACUGGUCAAUGGAGAUUGAGGGUCCAGCAAGAGGCUGGCAAGAAUGGUGCAGAGAUCGUUCUGGUGGCGGUCAAGGUUGAUGCAUUUAUGUGUGAGAGAGCGAAGAAUGCUAGAAGGAAGUUUCUGAGUUGA